UAUUUUACCACAUGCUUCCUGUAUAUUUCCUUUUUAAUAUUGGUAACAGUAGUUCCCUUUUAAUCAUCUCUGUAUGCUUUGGCAGAACCAUAUCUCGUUCCUGUUUACUUUAGGACAAUCAGACAGUUUGUGUUUGGGUGUUCUCUGCAAAUGGGGGCAAUUCUUGGGAAAGGUGGGGUAACUCUAUAAAAGAAGAAAUUGGAAACUUGCCCCUAUUUGUAAAUGAAACAUCUUUUGAAGGGAAACAGACUGGUUUUUGUUCCUACCAUGGACUUUAUGACAACCAGGCGUUGGCCAGGCUUCAGUCUCUUAUGUGUGGCUGUCUUACUCUCUUUGGGGAAUGGAGCCUUUGGAAACAUAGACCUAAACAAUCUGAAGACGAUUAUUGACUACAUCACAGAGUACGGAAUUGAUGCCAAGUACGAAUAUGCUGUGGCUGUAAGGCUGGAUAAACCAUACUGCAUAAAUCCUACUCCAGAGAACCUGGAAACUGCCUUGCCAAUGAGAGAGAUGAGACGGAUGCAUAAUGCUAUUAGACAGAGAAAUGGCCUGUAUGUCCCAGAUGAAAUAAGCAAUAUUGUGGCAGCUAGGCCAGAGACGAAUACGCAAAAGCAUGCUGAAUGGCGUUUGCUGUCUGGAGGCCAGAAUAGCCCAGUAGACAGGAUGCUAGCUGGUAAGGACCGCCAGAAUAGUUGCCUGAUUUUCUUCACCCAUUUCUCCCCCUGUAUAGACCGGUGCCUCAAUCCAAAUGACAAGGGUAGCAUUGUCGACAUGGUCAAUUUUCUUUUUAAUACGUUUGAGAGAGAUUUGAGGGCUUUUGUAUUUGAAACAAUCUAUCCAGAUGAUGCAAUGAAAAUAGAGAAAGUGGACGAAGCCUGGGGACGCAUCAAGGAUGCACCACUAUUCCGGUGUGACAUAAAUAGUUGCAUCCUAUGUUUCAAUAAUAGCCCACCAGGAACCUUGACCCCUUGUUACUACUUCUAACAUUUGUCAAACAGUCUAAUGGAUUCAAUUGUCCUUAGAAUCAAGGUGCCGACUCCCAGUUUCACCAAAUUGAGCUUAGUAUAUGAUUUAUGUUGUUGUUUUCUGCUUUGCUGUUGAAUCAAUAAAUAUCUAGAGCAUACCACA